CGUGGUAAGUCAAUGAAACCUACCCCAACAGGGGGACAGAGUGGAGGCAGAGCCAUGAUCAAAUUAGAAGAGAUGAAAAAGGAAAAGAAAAUGUGAGAGACAGAGACAACCACGGCUUCAUUCUCUUAAAAUGGAAACGUGUGAGUGAUGAGAGAAUGAACGAUGAAUCCAAAAAUAAGAAUAAAGAAAUUCUGUUAUUGAUUUCGUGGUUAUUAUCUUCCCUCGCUCGUUCGCGCUUCCUUCUAUUCGGUUCGUAUACUUUCCAAUACCAUAAUCAAAGCUGCAGGUUGGAUCCGUUCCAACAUGUAGAGCAUGCUCGCUGGCACUCUCUGUUUGUUGAUUGAUUGUGAGAAGCUUUUGUGGUGCGGAAUCCUUCGGCGGCGGCCAUGGAAAAUAUUGCCGCGCAGCUGAAGCGCGGCAUCUCGCGGCAGUUUUCGUCGGGGUCGCUGCGGAAGAGCCUGAGCCGGCAGUUCACGCGCCAGGCCUCGCUCGAUCCACGCCGGAACAACCAGCGGUUCAGCUUCGGGCGGCAGUCGUCGUUGGAUCCGAUACGGAGGAGCCCCGAACACGACGAGGCGGAGCUCACCGUGCCCGAGAACCUUGACUCCACCAUGCAGCUGCUCUUCAUGGCGUGCCGAGGCGACGUCAAGGGGGUUGAGGAUUUGCUCAACGAAGGCAUCGACGUCAACAGUAUCGACCUCGAUGGCCGCACCGCCCUCCACAUCGCCGCCUGCGAAGGUCACGCCGAGGUUGCCCGGCUCCUCCUCACCCGCAAGGCCAACAUCGACGCUCGCGAUCGCUGGGGCAGUACCGCGGCGGCCGAUGCCAAAUAUUAUGGAAAUACAGAGAUUUAUUACAUGUUGAAGGCUCGUGGAGCGAAAGUGCCGAAAACCAGGAAGACUCCAAUGACCGUUGCGAAUCCUCGUGAAGUUCCGGAAUAUGAACUCAACCCGUUAGAGCUACAGGUUCGGAAGAGCGAUGGUAUUUCAAAAGGAACAUAUCAAGUAGCUAAAUGGAAUGGCACAAAGGUUGCAGUGAAGAUACUUGACAAGGACAGUUAUACAGAUCCUGAUACCAUAAAUGCUUUCAAACAUGAGCUCACAUUAUUAGAAAGGGUGCGACAUCCCAAUCUGGUCCAAUUUGUUGGAGCUGUAACCCAAAAUGUACCUAUGAUGAUUGUGCGUGAGUACCAUGCUAAGGGUGAUCUGGCAAGCUAUCUACAAAAGAAAGGGCGUUUGUCCCCAUCAAAAGUUCUACGUUUUGCUCUAGAUAUUGCUAGGGGCAUGAACUAUCUUCAUGAAUGCAAACCAGAACCGAUUAUUCACUGUGAUUUAAAGCCAAAAAAUAUUUUGCUCGAUAAUGGAAGCCAAUUGAAGAUAGGCGGAUUUGGAACUGCGAGAUUUUCUCUCAUUUCAGCUGAUCAAGCAAAGCUGGUGCAGCCUGACACUAACAUUGAUCUUUCAAGCUUGUACGUGGCACCAGAGAUUUACAAAGAUGAAGUAUUUGAUAGAAGUGCGGAUGCAUAUUCUUUUGGUCUCAUUAUAUAUGAGAUGUUAGAGGGUACGCCUCCCUUCCAUCCCAAGCCCUCGGAGGAGGUAGUGCAACUAAUGUGCUUAGAGGGGAAAAGACCGACAAUCAAGAUCAAAACAAAACAUUAUCCUCCGGAUUUGAAAGAGUUGAUUGAGGAAUGUUGGGAUCCAACUCCUGUAGUCAGGCCAACAUUUUCUCAGGUCAUUGUACGGUUGAACAAAAUUGUUGCAACUUGCUCAAAACAAGGAUGGUGGAAAGAUACUUUUAAGCUUCCUUGGAAAUAAAUAACAGGAUACAUGCUAUGUGGCAAAGAGGAAAUCAAGUUCAGGUGGAUCCUCAAAACCAGUUUGUGAGCUUCGUGUUGUUGUUGGUGUUGGUGUACCGUUAAUAGCCAUUGCAAUUAAUAACUUUGGAAUUGGAAUAUAUUAACCUGAGCUUGGAUUUUGAGCGUGAAAAUGAUUUCCCCCGGUUCCACCCGGCCACUGGAGGUUCUGGAACAGCUCCUCUCUGUACAAUGUACCAUAAACGGCAUAACAUUUAUCAGAAAUUUUCUAAUAAAAAUGUGUUUAUAUACUUAUA